CUUCUACCAACCUCGAAUGACAUAGCCAAACACAGACUUCACGACCAUGUCAGAUCCGACAAUAUCACGGCCAGAUCUCAUCCGGGAUGCGGUGACCUUUCUUCGAGAUCCCAAGGUUCUCUCAUCUCCACUAACCCAGAAGAUCCAGUUCCUCGAAUCAAAAGGCCUCUCAUCCUCCGAGAUCGAACGAGCGCUUCAUCUCGCUUCGACCGGAUCCGGGUCAGGAGCUGGGUCAUCGGAAGAGAGAGGGCCUACGACGCAGGACGAGCGAUCUGACCUCGAUACAUUUGGAGGAGGUUAUGGUCAAGGUCGGGCGGAGAUUCAGAAUCAAAAUCAGAGCUAUGGGAGUGGAGGUGGAUACGCCAGUCCGUAUGGACCGGGAUAUGGGUAUGGACAGGGGAUGAUGAUGCCGAAACCCGAACUCCCACGUAGAGAUUGGAGGGACUAUUUCAUCAUGGCAGUAGUUUCCGGAGGGGUCAUGUACGGCCUCAUCUCCCUCACCCGCAAAUACCUCCUCCCGCACCUCCAACCCCCAACGCGGACAUCCUUCGAAGAGACCUCGCAUUCCCUUUCCGAGCAAUUCGAUGCGGCCCAACAGCUCCUUGAUGAGCUUCAAGCCCAGACCAAGGGGUUGCAGGAGGAUGUCGAGAAGGAAAAGGAAGGUGUCAAGGGGGUCGUCGAAGAGGUCAGAGAGGCUGUGAGGCGGGUCGGGGAGGGGGAGGAGAGGUGGAGAGAAGAGAUGAGGGAGAUGAGGCAAGAGGUCGAGGAGCUGAAGUCGCUCGUACCGAGGAUGAUCGAGAAACACGCUACCGCCCAGUCUUCCUCCUUGCAAGAAUUACAGACGGACAUCAAGUCCUUACGCACGCUUCAAGCCCGUCGACCGCUCACCCCUAGCGUACCCGCCGCAUCCUCCUCCACGUCCGACCAAGUCCAAGGCGCUUCAUCAUCAUCGCCCUCUUCAUCAUCACCACCAAAGACCUCCACGUCGACGCAGCCUCCUCCAGCGAGUGCAGAGGCGAACGCGCUCUUGGCUCCUCCUGGAAAUGGGGGUCGGCCGAGUAUCCCGGCUUGGCAAUUGGAGGCCGAGAAGAAGGAGCAGGAGAAGGAGGUCAAGGCGAAGGCGGAGACGGGAGACGUCGGUGAGAAGGCUUGA